AUGACAGAGAAUUGUUGUUGUCGCCAUUGUGGCGCACGUCUGAAUGAUACAUCCAAGCUGACCUUACUAUUCUUAUCCCACUUCCUCGCCACUCCUAUAACCAUUCGUUCUCAAGUUAUCACAUCCACUAUCCGAUCUCCACACUCCGUAGGGUUAUAUUACUCUCCUAAAAAGUAUCUUCUAAAGAGGGCUACUGCUGCCCCAGUCUCCUCUCUCCUGCAACUUAUAUACUGCUCUAUGUAUCUAAAUGCUAUCCUUUCCCCAGCGCUGGGUACAACAACGGUGCAAAGUCAUACCAAGGAGGAGAUCGACUUCGUCGCAGUCCUAGAAACAUCCCAAGAUAGUCGCUACGAACAAACUAGAUGGAUUGUUCAGCUCUGGUACCAGGAAUCAGAGGGCCCCUGGAAAUCUGCGGACUUCUCUCCCAGUGACGGCCUAAUACCGCCAAUAUUAUCCACUGCCGCUGCCCCAAACAUCACCCGGAGGCGUUACUCCCUCCACCUAAAAUGCCGGAACACAAACCCCAUCCAGUUUACUCUACGCCUCAAAUCUGUGCUGCGGGAGAACGCGCCAUGGAUCUGGAGCAAUGAGCAGAAUGGUCUUGGGGACGGUCGAGUCAUCUUCCUUGGCCCUUCCACUGGCCUCCCCACAUUCAAAAGCCUUUUUCAUGGCUCAGACUCCAACAUCGAGGCAACCUGCGCAAAGAGUCAAGUACCCGAAGUUGAGCUCUUUGAUGUCACGGCCCCUGCUCCUCCUAUCACCAACGGAUCAAGUACAAUUGCCUUGGGUAUUCCCGCAGGCCUAGAACUUUAUUACGCACUAGUUAAAUUGAGUUCUCCAUGGAUGGGACCUCGCCAGGGCAACUCCCACUUCUCAAUUGAUCUCGAUGGUCUCCUUACAGGAUUCCUGCGUUCCGACGGGAGGCAUGUUGUAGUUCUUGGCGUCUCUGGAAUCAAUGGUUGCACCACAUAUGUUCGCUCGGAAGCAGGAAAGGUUCUGCUAAAGACUAGAAAUGAUGCCGGUAAUUCCCAACAUCAUCGUGCAAUUAUCGCCACUGGGUGGAAAUACCAGGAUGCCGUCAAUGCUGCUUUUUAUAGAGCUCGAGAAUUGAUUCAGGCUUUGACCCCACUUUCAAACACUGUAAAAAAAUCGUCAUCCAUCCCUUCCUGGUAUGAAACCUGGUAUGACGGUCUUGCGUACUGCACUUGGAAUGGGUUGGGCCGAGAGCUUUCUGAAGAAAAACUACUCUCUGCCCUCCAAGAACUUACCGAUACCGGAAUAUAUGUUACCACUCUCAUCAUUGAUGAUAAUUGGCAAUCACUACGCGACGGCAGUCGCUGGGACAUGUUCGAAGCGAAUUCCAAAUUUCCACUCGGACUAGGGCACACAACUUCCGAAAUUCGUAGGCGAUUCCGGAACAUCAGACACAUUGCUGUUUGGCAUUCAUUAUUCGGAUAUUGGGACGGCAUUGCUCCGGGUGGCUGGAUUGAUACCAACUACAAAUGUAUUAACGUCAAGUGGCGCGGGGGUAAAGACAUCUGUGUUGUAGAUGCCUCAGACGUUGCACUAAUGUACAAUGAUUUCUACAGUUUUCUCUCGAAAAAUGGCAUUGACUCCAUAAAAUGUGAUGCGCAGUAUGGGAUCGAUGACUUUGACGACCCCAAAGUACGUCAGUCUUUAGGCCCAGCGUACCAGGAAGCAUUUAAAAUAAAUAGCCUUAAAUACUUUUCUCGACGAGUGAUUUACUCCAUGGCACAUAUCCCCUACAUACUCUUUCGGGAAUUGCUCCCUCACGAUGCGUCACGAGUCCUCUUCAGAAACUCUGACGACUUCUUCCCUGAUAUCCCGAGUUCACAUGUGUGGCAUGUGUUCGCCAACUCGAUGAACAAUAUAUAUACCUCGAAUCUGAAUUGUUUACCGGAUUGGGAUAUGUUCCAGUCAGCCCUUCCCACCUAUGCAGGAUUCCACGCAGCUGCAAGAUGCAUCUCUGGUGGCCCUAUCUAUAUUACAGAUACCCCUGGUCACCAUAACAUAAGCCUCAUCAAGCAAAUUAGUGCCUAUUCACCCCAAGGUUAUACUGUUGCACUCCGCCCAAGUUGUAUUUCCCUUCCUACCGAUCCCUUUGUUGCCUACAACAGUAAUCGUCUUUUGAAAGUUGGUAAUUUCUCUGGAGGACGCGGGGGUAGCUCCAUACUUGCGGUAUUCAAUGUCUCCGAAAGUCAGAAUUCAGAACUUAUCCCUAUGGAUGACUUUCCCGGUUUAUUGCCUGGGUAUACUUAUGUUAUUCGGGCUCAUACCUCCGGAGGGGUCACGGCAGUAACUCCAGGAACAGGCUCUUUAAUGCCCAUAACUUUACCCCAAUAUGGCUGGGAAUUACUCACAGCAGUACCGGUGGUCGAAAUCACGCAUCUUAAAUCAACAGGGCAUUUCACUUUCGGGGUCCUCGGUAUUAUCUCGACCAUGGCAGGUGUAUCCGCCAUCAUACAGCAGUCAGUAAAUAUCGGAUUAGCACAUAUCACGGUAACUAUCACGCUGAAAGCUCUGGGUACCAUUGGGCUCUAUAUUUCCGACCUUGCGUCCCAAGAUAUCACUAAAUUCCUCGUGACAAUCGCCGGAAAUGUUGUUCCCUUUCAUACAGUGAAGAAGAGCUCUCAGAGCAACACCGUCCUCGAGAUAGAUCUUGAGACUGCCUGGAAUGAGCUAAAUCUCUCAACCGGGUGGUCCAACGCGAUAGUAAUUGGAUUUCAUCUGAAAUAAUCCCGCCAGCCGUCGUGAAACCUCUCAAAACCGCGGGAGUGUUGUGGCCACUUUCUUAUUCCCACCGAGCUUUCCUAAUGCCUCCGUGAACACUAUCUGCACCUCGGCAUUCUGUCACGUUUUUUUUCGUGUUAAUACUAGUUGCAUCUUAUCAGUUGCGCGCCCCUCUAGUGGCUGCUUUCCGCUACAAAAAAUGCAUAAGUGUGGAAACUCAUGACUUCUCUUUUUAUUUUUUUUGGAGAUUACUCAAUAGUAUCAGGAAGCAGCCAGACCGUAAAUCCCGUUAUAGUUGUAUUCAGCUUUCGUCAUAGCCUUAGAACAAUACGCUAUUAGUUUUCCAACUCCAUCCUUAUCUUGUUGAGGAACCAUACUGCUGUGUACAUAGCAUGGUACGUCAGUUUCUAUUUUGAUCAA